UGAGCCACACACAUCCUGGGAACCUUCCUUCGUCCAACUCUGCCCUGCACUGGCUGUAGUGCUCAGUUCUCCCUCGUCCUGCUGAGACCUAGGCAGAGCUGCUGCAGCUGAGAGUCUUGGUUACUGAGAAGAAACCUGCACCCUUUGCCUUGGGAAAGAGCUGUCAUGGGGUCUGGAAUGAGCAAGGUUGUUGAGGGCCUCUACCUGGGAAACAUCCGGGAUUCUGAGGACAGAGAAAAUUUGACAAAGAACAGGGUCACCCACAUCCUGUCUGUGCAUAACAACGCCAGACCUGUGCUGGAGGAUAUGACCUACCUCUGUAUAUCAGUGUCAGAUUCAUCCAGUCAAAACCUGAUCCAGCAUUUUAAGGAGAGCAUCAGGUUCAUUCAUGAAUGCCGGCUCCAUGGGGGAGGCUGCCUCAUUCAUUGCCUGGCUGGAGUGUCCCGCAGCACCACCAUCCUGGUGGCUUACCUUAUGACUGUGACCGACCUCAGCUGGGAGGAGUGUCUGGCUGCCACCAAGGUUGUCCGUUCCUAUGUCAGUCCCAACUUUGGCUUUCAGCAGCAGCUGCAGGAGUACGAGAGGACUCUGCUCAAGGAGUACCGAGCCUGGGUUCGACAAGAGUAUGGCAAGAAUCCAUUUAAUGACCAAGAAGCGCUGCAGCACUUAAUCACUGAGCAGGAAGAGAAACAGAGAGAACAGCAGCUUGGAAGCAGGGAGACUCACUGGAUCAACUCCCCGACACCCAAUUACUCGCUUCCCUACAAUGCCUAUGGUACCAGCAGCAACAGAUGGAUGAACAGAUAAAAAAGGACAGCUAAUUCCACAGAGAUGCUAUCACUGUUGGAUGAAAGUCUCUGCAUUCAUCUUUCAAUGAGAAUAGCUUUGAUGUUUAUGGCUAGGGUGGAGAGCAAACUGAAUGCCAACUUCCAAAACAUGCUAUGUCAAGCAAUGUUAUCUAAUGGUUAGAGCCAAGGAUUGCAAUCAGGUCUCACGGGUUCUACUCCCAACUUUGCUACUGACUCAUAACGUGAAUCCAGGCAAAUCACUUGAUCUCCCCAUGCAUCAAUGUAACCAUCUCCCAGGGGUGUCGAGUGGUUUCACUUAUUAACGUUUGUGAGGGUGCUUUGAGACCCUCCGAUGAAAGAUCCUAUGGAAGUGAAUUUAUUAAUGUCACUGAGUUGGGUUGAACCUUUUCCUGUGAAACUUCUAGCACUAUUGUACACAUGAAGGGUGA